AUGGAUGAUGAUAAUGAGUAUGAUGAUGUUGAAUGGGAUGAUGAUGAAAAUGAAGAUAAUGAUGAUGAUAAUGAACUAAUUGGUGAUGUGAAAUGUCUAUUUUGUGAUGAAGUAUUCAAGUCAGCAAGUCUUCUAUUUGAGCAUUGUAAAGAACAACAUAAUUUUGAUAUUAAAGAAAUAUGUGUUAUGUGGAAAUUAGAUUGUAUUUCUUACAUUAAAAUGAUCAACUACAUAAGGAAAAUGGUAAGACCUCUUCUUGCUUACAAAAGAAAAGUAAGAGAGAUACCUCCAUGGAGUAAUGAUGAGUAUAUGAAACCUGCUGAUUGUGAAGAUUUAUUAUUACAAUAUGGUAUGUUAUCUUUAAUUAUUAGUCCUAUCUAA